AUGCAACUGUCGAUUUUUGUGUUCCUAACAGCGGCUUACUUCGCGAACUCGGAGGAAUUUUUACCAUCCUACAUUACACCAUGCGAGCUAAAAAAGAGUGAUUUCAAAAAAUGUGUGCGAUCUCAGUUAGAAAAAAGUCUGCCAUUAUUUGCGAAGGGAAUACCAGAACUUGGAGUGCCGACUAUUGAUCCAGUGGAUUUGAACGAUAUACAUAUUGAUGGAAGUGGUUUAAAAUUGACCUUCACAAAUGCAAAAAUGCACGGCCUCUCAAAGGUCUCCUUGAAGGAUUUGGACAUCGACAUCGGCGAAAAGGAAGAAAAAUUCAAACUUAGUUUGAAAGGCAACCUGAGUAUGACUUCGACUUACAACGCCGAUGGAAAAAUUUUAAUCCUACCUAUUAAAGGAGAUGGCGACGCAUUUAUUGAAUGUCGAAACGUGGAAGUGGAGAUUAACAGCAAGUUGUUGCAUAUAAAUGAUACCAAUGGGGAACAUUUUAAGUUACAAACGCCGCACUACAAAUAUAAUAUCGAAAAAACUACUUUCGACUUAAGAAACCUGUUCAAUGGAAACAAACAACUUGCUGAAACCACCCUACAAUUCGCGAAUGAAAAUUGGCGACAGCUCAUGGAUGACCUCGCACCGCCCGUCAUCAAGCAGAUAGUUAAAACUAUUGUUAAAGAUAUAAACAAAUUCUUCUCUAAAGUUCAAAUUUCCACUAUUGUCCAAGGUUAUAACCAGUAA